GUGGCGCUUUUAGGGAAAGAACUUGCUGUUUCCUUUUGCCUUGGUCCUUUUGCUUUGGUACUGAAGACUCUGUCCGGGUGAUCCCUGACCUCUUCCUACCCACCUGUCCGGUUGCCUUUCCUCUCCCUUCUCUGGCAGGAUGAGGCGUGCAGGCCUGGGUGAAGGAAUACCUCCUGGCAACUAUGGAAAUUAUGGCUAUGCUAAUAGUGGGUAUAGUGCCUGUGAAGAAGAAAAUGAGAGACUCACUGAAAGUCUGAGAAAUAAAGUAACUGCUAUAAAAUCUCUUUCUAUUGAAAUAGGCCAUGAGGUUAAAAACCAAAAUAAAUUAUUGGCUGAAAUGGAUUCGCAGUUUGAUUCUACAACAGGAUUUCUAGGUAAAACUAUGGGAAAACUGAAGGUUUUAUCCAGAGGGAGCCAGACAAAGCUGCUGUGCUAUAUGAUGCUGUUUUCAUUGUUUGUCUUUUUUGUCAUUUAUUGGAUUGUUAAACUGAGGUGAUGCAAGUAUGGGUGCGUUUGGAAUUUGUUCCAGUGUAAUGAUUUGGAGUACCACUUUGGAAAAAAAAACUACAAUUAAAAUAUUCCUAAUUUUCAAACACUGUUACUUUCCACUGACUAUUGCUGAUUUUUUCCUGUUUGAUGAAUCACAGUAGAUAAUACAGUGCUCUUUAAAUAUUAUUUCUUAGUGAUUAAAAAUGUUACCCCGUUUUUCAGGGGGUACUGAGUGACUUAAAGGUAGUCUGGCCCUAAAGAUUAUCAGUAGUUUGCUAACUGGCAAGUGAAAGAGCAAUGUAAUCAUCUGCUCUUACCAUAAAGAUAUGUUCCAUGUAAAGACACUUGGUGGAAGAGUAGUAGAGUAUUUUGAAAACCUGAUACUGAGCUCUUCAGGUAGUGAAUACAGUUGUGAUAAACAGAGAAAAGUAUUUGCCUGAACUGUUAUCCACAGUGAGGGCACUUCUGUCUCCUCUCCUCUUUUUUGGUUCAUAUUGCAGGCCAAUUUCUUUUUACCUACAUUUUUCCCAAUAAUGUGAUGAGAUUAUUCCUCUCUCUGCCCAAGGACCUCAUUCUUUAAUGAAGCUUUUAUUUUGUCAUAUUAACAUGUAGGGACCAUUACAGAUGUAUGCAAGUAUAGUUAUUAUUUUAUAUUAAUUUUGUACAUAUAUAUAUGUACCAUUGACCUAGCUAAUAAUAGCUCUUUUUUUUUUUAAUUAGCUACUUUGGUUGACCAUUUGUUUAUGAUAUGUGUUAAAAAAAAUAGUUGUAAUAACUAUGAAGUGAAAAAUAAAGUGUUUAAGAAAAUUAAUUGUCUACCCUUUAUUUGCUCAACAAUAUGAAAACAUUUGGACAUUAAACUUGGAGUUAAGACUAUUGUUACAGGUGGGGAUGACAGUAUAAUGAUUAUGCAAACAGACUCUCAUGCCUGAGGCUCCUAAGUCCCAGGUUCAAUCCCCCACACCACCAUAAGCCAGAGCUGAGCAGUGCUCUGAUGUUUGUCUGUGUGUCUCUCUGCAUCUCUCUCAAAAAUAAAAAAAUUAAUAAAAAAAAAUUUUAAAAAAGACUAUUGUUACUUUAAUUCAGUAUAUGUGUUUAUAUAAAGGAAAACACAAAGGUAGACUAAUAUGUAGAAAUAAAUAUUUAAAUGUUAUUGAAUAGUCUGUAUCAAUACUUACUGGAUUUUAUCCAAUUUGGGCUCCAAAAAUAAAGUUUUUAAUGAAAUAUGUUAA